UCUGAAAAGAGAAAAUGCAGCUACGUUUUCUACAGAGCAUUAAUAUAAAGUUUAGUAUUUGUUUACUGAUCAGAAAAGCAUAGUUUUGAAAAUGGUAGAUGCUUUCUGUGGCACAUGGAAACUGGUCAGCAGUGAGAACUUUGAUGAGUAUAUGAAAGCUCUAGGUGCUGGGUUUGCAACAAGACAAGUUGGAAAUGUGACUAAACCGACCCUCAUCAUCUCAAAUGAGGGAGACAAAGUGGUCCAAAAAACACAGAGUACUUUCAAGAACACCGAGAUCUCAUUCAAACUGGGCGAGGAGUUUGAUGAGACCACCGUAGAUGACCGACACUGUAAAUCCACUGUGGUACUAGAUGGAGACCAGUUUGUUCAUGUGCAGAAGUGGGAUGGAAAAGAGACCACCUUUGUCCGGGAGAUCAAGGACGGGAAGAUGGUGAUGAAACUCACCUUUGGGGACGUGGUGGCUGUGCGUACCUAUGAAAAAGCUUAAGUUUUGGGAAUAUUAUGAGGAUUUGUCCUUCUCCUUCAGCAGGCAGCAACAGCUACGAUGUGCUUUGAUGCUUUACGGAAUGAAAAAAAAAA